AUGUUUCCUAGUGAAUUAUUACCAGUGUUUGUUAUCUUUUUCUUGCCUGAGCUAGAAAAAACGUCAAUUUUUGCAACUCUGUUUUUGCAACUGUUAGAGUCAUUAUAUUACCAGUUCAAUGAAUUUGUUCAAACGGAUUCAAACAUUCUUUACAUCUUCAAAAAAAAUCCUACUGACCGAUUUGAUACGAAUUUCAUUUUUUACUGGUUUUGGAUACAAUUUGAAACAUUGUUAAAUGCGAGAUACUAUGAUCUUUCCCAAAAAAUCAACGAAAUUUUCAAUCCAUCUUUUCCAAAAAAUUAUGAAGAAAAAUCCAAUCAGUUAAAAGACGAGAUAUUUCCAAUAUUCCUUGAUUUUUUCAAUUUUUUAGAAAUGGAGAAUCAUGCCACCAUAACAAAAGACAAGUCCAGCAAUGAUAAAUAUCAAAUUAUUAACAUUCCAUUGAAAUGCCCAAUCAGUUUCAUUAAAAAUGAUGCAGCGAUUGAGGAGUGCCGUCAAAUUGAGCAAGAGGACGUCACACAAAAAUACAGCAAUUGCGCUUCGGACACAGAAUCGGAUUAUGAUGAUAAGGAAGUUUUCGAAGCAAAAUUAAAAGAACAAGAGAGACAAAACACGGAAGAAUUGAGAGAAAAAAUAGCACAGUAA